AUGAUUUGUACGAAUGUACAGAAGGUGCAGUUGGGUACUCACAUGUUGACGAAAGGAGUUGACGAUUGGUGGAGUAUUACUGUGCGGAGAUUUGAAAGAGAAGGUAUUAAAGUCACUUUGAAUCUUUUUCGUGAUACAUUUUUGGAAAACUAUUUUCCAGAAGAUGUGCGUGGGAAGAAAGAAGUGGAGUUUCUAAAGUUGAAACGAGAAAGAGAACAAUCCAGUGGGAGACCUGAUGAUGUCAAGAGGAAACAAACUGGUUUUGGCAAGAAGCUAAGUGGGGGAGGGACUCCUACUCCACUUAGGUGUUUCAGAUGUGAUGUUAAAGGUCAUCGUGUUGCUGAGUGUAAGAAAGAGGUUACUACUUGUUUCAAGUGUGUCAGGCUAGGCCACAUAGCUGCUAAUUGUAGAGAGGGUUCGAGGGUGACUUGCUACAACUGUGGAGAGCAAGGUCACAUUAGUACCGAGUGUGACAAACCGAAGAAGGAACAGGCGAGUGGGAGAGUACUUGCGUUGUCUAGUGCUAAGACCACUACUAAGGAUAAGCUAAUCUGA